CUGCUCAUCAUUUCGCUUUUGUGACGGGCAGCGGCAAGCAGCAGACAGCGCUAGCAGCGGCAACUUGGUUGCAAUUCCUUCGGUCGCGUUCCUUUAAAUGGCGGUCUUUUGAAUAUUCUUCGUUCCCUGCAGUGAGUUUUGCCUGGAGAAAAAAAUAUUGUCUCUGCCAUCGUCGAAAGUGGUAAAGUGAAAAUUUACCUGUGCAAAUAGUGGUUUUGUGCUGUGGGCGAAGCGUUUUUCUCAUCGGUGUUGAAGCAGCUUCGGCAGCGGACUUUCUUGUGAACGGUGGUGUCGAAGAAGAAAAAAGUGGGUUCGCCUCGCUUGGGUUCAUAUUUUUCGGUGUGAAGUGAAGCCGCCUUCGCCAACGGAAAAAAGGACUCUUGCUGAAAUUUCUGUUCGAGUGAUAUUUUUUCCUGUUUGACCAGCUACCGGAGCCGAUUGCCUGUUUUUAAAAUGACCGACAUUCGGGCAGCCUUCGCUGCACAGCAAAAUGGCGCUCCCGGUGCCGCAGCUGGGGCAACAUCCAGCCCCAAGAUCGGCGGCAAGUCGAUCGAAAAGAUCUACCAGAAGAAGUCUCAGCUGGAGCACAUUCUGCUGCGUCCGGAUACCUACAUCGGUUCCGUGGAGCACCUGAAGGAAACUAUGUGGGUGUACGACAGCGAGGCGAAGAAGAUGGUUCAGCGCGAGAUCAGCUACGUGCCGGGUCUGUACAAGAUCUUCGACGAAAUCCUGGUCAACGCGGCUGACAACAAGCAGCGCGACGCCAAGAUGAGUGCUAUCAAGAUCGACAUCAACCAGGAGACGAACACGGUCUCGAUCUGGAACAACGGCCAGGGUAUCCCGGUUGUGAUGCACAAAGAGGAGAAGAUGUUCGUACCGACGAUGAUCUUCGGACAUUUGUUGACUUCGUCCAACUACAACGACGAAGAGGAGAAGGUCACCGGAGGUCGUAACGGUUACGGUGCGAAGUUGUGUAACAUCUUCAGUACCAAGUUUACCGUGGAAACGGCCACCAAGCAGUACAAGAAGUGCUUCAAGCAAACCUGGGGUGACAACAUGAGCAAGGCUUCCGAGCCCAAGAUCAAGGAAGACUACUCCGGCGAUGAUUACACCAAGAUCACCUUCUCGCCGGAUUUGAAAAAGUUCAAGAUGGAAAAGUUGGACGAUGACAUAGUGGGUUUGAUGUCGCGGCGAGCUUUCGACGUGGCCGCUUCCACCCGCGGGGUUUCCGUGUUUCUGAACGGACAGAAGUUGCCGAUCAAGAAUUUCAAGGACUACAUCGAUCUAUACGUCAAGGAUCAACAGGACGAAGUCGGAACGCAGGUCAAGGUUGUCUACGAGAACUGCAACGAGCGGUGGGAGGUGGCGGUGACGCUCUCGGACCGUGGAUUCCAACAGGUCUCGUUCGUCAACUCCAUCGCAACAACCAAGGGUGGUCGUCACGUAGACUACAUCACCGAUAUGGUCGUGAAGCAGCUGAUCGAGGUCCUGAAGAAGAAGAACAAGGGUGGUGUCAACAUCAAACCGUUCCAAGUGAAGAAUCACAUCUGGGUUUUCAUCAACUGUUUGAUCGUCAAUCCGACGUUCGACUCGCAAACCAAGGAAAACAUGACCCUCCAGGCGAAGAGUUUCGGCUCCAAGUGCACCCUGUCGGAGAAGUUCAUUACCGGGGUUUCCAAGAUUGGAAUCGUCGAGUCGGUGCUGCAGUGGGCCAAGUUCAAGGCUCAAACUGAGUUGAACAAGGCAUCCGGAUCGAAGAAGUCCAAGGUUAAGGGGGUUCCCAAGCUGGAAGAUGCUAACGAUGCUGGUUCGAGGAAUUCCUUGAAUUGUACGCUGAUCCUCACGGAGGGAGAUUCAGCCAAAACGUUGGCCGUGUCCGGAUUGGGAGUGGUUGGGCGUGACACGUACGGUGUGUUCCCGUUGCGUGGUAAGCUGCUCAACGUUCGAGAAGCGACCCACAAACAGAUCCUGGAGAAUGCGGAAAUCAACAAUUUGAUCAAGAUCAUUGGUCUGCAGUAUAAGAAGAAGUACAUCACGAUGGAUGACUUGAAGACGCUCCGUUACGGUAAGGUCAUGAUCAUGACUGAUCAGGAUCAGGACGGUUCUCACAUCAAGGGUUUGUUGAUCAAUUUCAUCCAUACCAACUGGCCGGAAUUGCUGCGGCUACCUUUCUUGGAGGAGUUCAUCACUCCCAUCGUAAAGGCCACGAAGAAGAACGGCGAGGAACUUUCCUUCUUCUCAUUGCCCGAAUUCGAGGAGUGGAAAACCGAAACCCCGAACGCUCAUACCUACAACAUCAAAUACUAUAAGGGUUUGGGUACUUCAACAUCCAAGGAAGCAAAGGAGUACUUCCAGAACAUGGAGCGUCAUCGGAUUUUGUUCAAGUACGACAGCACCCAGGAUGACGAAGCCAUUACUAUGGCCUUCUCGAGGAAAUGCAUUGAACAGCGUAAGGAGUGGCUUACAGCCCACAUGGAGGAGAAUCGUCACCGCAAACAGGUGGGACUCCCGGAACGGUAUCUCUACACCAAAACCACAAAGGCCAUCACCUACAAGGAGUUCAUCAACCUUGAGUUGGUGCUCUUCUCGAACUCCGACAACAUUCGGUCAAUUCCGUGCAUGGUGGACGGUCUCAAGCCCGGUCAGCGAAAGGUCAUGUUCACGUGCUUCAAGCGAAAUGAUAAGCGUGAGGUGAAGGUCGCCCAGCUGGCCGGUUCAGUCGCUGAAAUGUCCGCCUACCAUCAUGGUGAACAGUCCCUGUGCGGUACCAUUGUCAAUUUGGCCCAGAACUACGUCGGAAGCAACAACAUCAAUCUGCUGGUCCCGAGUGGUCAGUUCGGUACUCGUCUUUCUGGUGGAAAGGAUAGCGCCAGUCCUCGUUACAUCUUCACCAUGCUGUCCCCGUUGACUCGGUUGAUCUUCCACCCAUUGGAUGAUCCUCUGCUGGAAUACCAGUUCGAGGACAACCAGAAGAUCGAACCACUUUGGUAUCUGCCAAUCAUUCCAAUGGUGUUGGUCAACGGAACGGAAGGUAUCGGUACGGGUUGGUCGACCAAGAUUCCGAACCACAAUCCACGGGACAUCAUUGCCAAUCUGCGCCGGAUGUUGAACGGCGAGGAACCCAAGAUCAUGCACCCCUGGUACAAGAACUUCCGCGGAGAAAUCGAGUCCGUUGGGCACCAGAAGUAUUUAACCGUUGGAAAUGUUUCCCUGCUGGAUAACCAGAAGAUUGAAAUCUCUGAACUUCCGAUUGGCACCUGGACCCAGGUUUACAAGGAGAACAUCCUGGAACCGCUGACCAACGGAAACGACAAGCAGAAGGCGAUCCUUUCCGAGUACAAGGAAUACAACACCGAUACCACGGUUCGAUUCGUCGUUUCGUUCCUGCCGGGUGAAUACGACCGUAUCUACGCUGAGGAAGGUGGCUUCCAUCGGGUAUUCAAGUUGACCAGCUCGCUCUCAACGUCCACAAUGAACGCGUUCGACGACAAGAACUAUCUGAAACGGUACGAUCAUGCCAACGAUAUCUUCCAUGAAUUCUACAAACUACGUCUGGACUACUACGGCAAGCGUAAGGCCUAUCUGGAAGGUAUGUUGCAGGCCGAAGCGGAUCGUUUGACCGAUCAGGCACGUUUCAUCGUCGAGAAGUGCGAUCGCACGAUCGUGGUUGAAAACAAGAAGCGAAAGGCUAUGAUCGACGAACUGAUCAAGCGCGGUUACCGACCUGAUCCGGUUAAGGAAUGGAAGCGUAAGGUCGCCCAAGAAGAGGAGGAAGAAAAGGAUGAACCCGAAGAGGAAGAAGAAGCCGAAGAUGUCAAGCCCGGAAAAUCCUCGAAGAAACAGGUAGAUCCGGAAAAGGCAUUCCAAAAACUAACAGACGUGAAAAAGUUCGACUACCUGCUCGGUAUGUCCAUGUGGAUGCUCACGGAGGAACGCAAGAACGAACUGCUCAAGCAGCGUGAUGCCAAGCUGUCCGAGUUGAACUCGCUGAAGGCCAAGACGCUGGAGAUGCUCUGGCAGGACGAUCUGGACGCGUUGAGCAAGAAGUUGGACGAAGUGGAGGAGAAGGAACGUCUGGAUGCCAUUUCCACGGAGAAGAAACUGAAGAGCGGUGCCGCUGCAGCAAAGGGAGGUCGCGGUGCGAUUAAAGCCUUCAGCAAGAAAUCGGCCAUCGACGACACAAAACCGAGCGACAUGGGUGAGGAGGUCAAGUUCAAGGUCACCGAAGAGUUGUUGAAGAAGUACGAGAAAGCGGCCGCACCGGCCAACCCGAGGGUCAAGAAGGAGAAAAAGGAACCGGGUGAGGGCGGAGAGGGCGAUGAGUUCGAUGCCUUGAUCGAGGGCAAGAAACCCAAGGUCAAGAAGGAACCUAAGGAGCCAAAGGUACCCAAGCCCAAGAAGGAGAAGAAGGAAAAGGACGGAAUGAAACAGUCCAAGCUGAACUUCAGCGGCAAGGGUAAAGGAAAGAAAAAGAAGGAUGAUGACGACAGCUUCGAUUCGGGCGCUAGUGAUGACGAAUUUGGACCGCCGGUGAGCGUCCCAACUCGCCAGAAGAACGAGCGGCGUGCUGCAUCACAGAAAAUCAAAUACUCGUUUGACGACGAAGACGACGAGGACAAAAACUUUGACCGGUCGGACGACGAGCUGUUUGACACGAAUCCGGAGCCUACUCGUGGCGGUGGAAGUGCAGCAGUCCAGGGCUCACUAGAUGACGGUAGCGACAUCGAAGAUGGCGGAAACGACGUGGUCGAGGUGGAAGAUUCCCCGGUGGUGAAACCGAAGAAGGCUGCUCCAAAGAGGAAAUUGGGUCCCAAGGCCGACGGCCCGGCAGCGAAGGCAAAGGCACCGGCUGCCAAGCGAGGCCGCAAGAAGGAUAGCGGCGAUAGCAGCGAAGAGGAAAAGCCCAAGAAGAAGCCCAAGAAGAAGUACGCCGACAGUGAAUCGGAACCGGAGAGCGAACCCGAUUACGAUGACGAUUCGGACUUUGAGUAAAAAUGUUCGAGUUUUCCCUCGGCGCCGCCUAGAGGAUGCUUUUCCUAAGAUAUAAUUCUGUGUCACCAUGAGCACUUAACCACCUAUUCUCAAUCACCGUUCGGAACGUCUUCUUGUGGAAGGUGUUCCAGUAUUACGGUUGAGUGCGCAGUUCGGGAGGACAAAACACAACCGAACAGAAUCAUCUGUGUGUAACAAUUAAGACCACAAUCCCAUUUUACCACCGUUUGUGAAACAUCUCUCACGGCAUUGCUGGACCACACCGCGUAUGAGAGCAACAAACACUAUUUUAAUGACAGUAUAGACGUAGCUUAUAGAAAUCAUUUCAGCACACACAACAAUAACUAUUAGAGUGUAGAAUCUUAUUUUUUGCACCCGUGCGUAAGCAUUAAGAUAAUUUAUACACUUAUUCUUUGUACAACUUUUACGUUUUUGGAUGAAAGCUUUUCCGGUAGGCGAAUGUGUUUUUCCGUUGUGUGCGAAUCAGUGUUAGGAACGAAAGGAAGAUAUAUUUUGUGCAAGUACAAACAUUGGCAAUUGUAUGAAGCGUGACACCCGACCGAACUGAGGUGUGAUUCCAGCACCUUAUCCCCUCUCCUAUAAGAAGCGAAAACCAAAAGGAAAAUAAGUGGAUAUCUUCCUUUGCGUGUGGGUGUGUGUGUACGUGUGUAUGCGUGCGACACUGUGUUGCUGUGAGGUUCUCUCUCUCAUGUACGUUAAUAUUUUGUACCUUCGCUGCGUUUAUGCACUCAUUGUAUUUUCAUUAC